AUGUCGGCCUCACCCGCCGCCCCGUCCCCGCCGGGCGAGGACGGCGAGACCCGGCAACGCUACGAGGAGCUCUGCAGGAGCCUCAACCUGGACGAGCGCGCCCGCGCCGAGGCCUGGCUCAGCUACCAGAGCAUGAGGCGCAACUACACCCUGGAGGGAAAUGACAUGCAUUGGCUGGCUUGUGCCUUGUACGUGGCUUGCAGGAAAGCGAUUCCAACUGUGAGCCGAGGAACAGCGGAAGGAAAUUAUGUAUCCUUAACCAGAAUCCUGCGCUGUUCAGAGCAAAGUUUGAUCGAGUUCUUUAACAAGAUGAAGAAGUGGGAAGACAUGGCAAAUCUUCCAUCCCAGUUCAGAGAGCGAACUGAGAGAUUAGAGAGGAACUUCACUGUUUCUGCAGUCAUUUUUAAGAAGUAUGAGCCCAUUUUUCAGGACAUUUUCAGGUAUCCUCAAGAAGAUCAACCUCGUCAGCAGAGAGGAAGAAAACAGAGACGACAGCCAUGUACUGUGACCGAAGUUUUCCACUUCUGUUGGGUGCUGUUUGUUCAUGCAAAAGGAAAUUUUCCUAUGAUUAGUGAUGACUUGGUCAAUUCCUACCAUCUCUUGUUGUGUGCUUUGGAUCUCGUGUAUGGAAAUGCUCUGCAGUGUCCUAACCGUAAAGAACUCCUGAAUCCUAUGUUUAAGGGUCUACCUGAAGACUUCCAUAGUAAGGAUUAUAAAGUAUCAUCUGAUCCUCCCUGCAUCAUUGAAAAACUGUGUUCUUUACAUUAUGGAUUAGUUUUGGAAGCAAAAGGUAUAAAGGAGCAUUUUUGGAAGCCAUAUAUUCGGAAGCUUUUUGACAAAAAGCUUUUAAAAGGAAAAGAGGAAAAUCUGAUGGGAUUUCUAGAUCCUGGGAACUUUGGAGAUAGCGUCAAAGCCAUCAACAAGGCCUAUGAGGAGUAUGUUCUGUCAGUGGGGAAUCUCGAUGAGCGAAUAUUCCUUGGCGAGGAUGCGGAUGAAGAAAUUGGAACUCUCACAAGGUGCUUAAACACACCUUCAGGAGUGGAAACAGCUGAAAGGGUCCAAGUGAAACAUAAUUUGCAGCAGCAUUUUGACAGGUCCAAAUCUCUCAGGAUCACAACCCCCCUUACUGGCCGCAAGUAUAUUAAAGAGAGCAACCCAUACGUGACACCUGUUUCCAUAGCAACCUACAGCCUGAGCCGCCUGCACACCAUGCUGGCAGGACUGAAAAAUGCCCCCAGUGAAAACCUGGAGCAAAUACUCAGGUCAUGCUCCAGAGAUCCUUCUCAAUCCAUUGCAAACAGAGUUAAAGAAAUGCAUGAAGUGUAUUGUCAGAGCACUCAGUCUGAAGGAGAAUUCAGUAAUUUUUCCAAAGAUGUUGCUAGUAAACAUUUUCGUCGUGCUGAGAUGCUCUACUACAAGGUCUUGGAGUCAGUCAUUGAGCAAGAGAGGAAGAGACUGGGAGACACUGACUUAUCUGCAAUACUGGAGCAAGAUGUGUUUCACAGGUCUCUGCUGGCUUGUUGCCUGGAGAUCAUUACCUUUACAUACAACCCACCUGGAAACUUCCCAUUCGUCACUGAAAUAUUUGACAUUCCAGUUUAUCAUUUUUACAAGGUGAUUGAGGUUUUCAUUAGAGCAGAGGACGGCCUUUGUCGGGAAGUGGUGAAACACCUGAAUCACAUUGAAGAACAGAUCCUGGAAAGUAUGGCAUGGAAAAGGGAAUCUGUACUGUGGGACAGGAUCAGAGAGAAUGAAAACAAAGUUCCUACUUGUGAAGAGGUAAUGCCACCUCAGUACUUUGAGAGAUCUGCUGGGAACAGUGUUGUGGGUUCACCACUGACACCACGGCGAAUAAACGAGGUUCGUGCUGAAAGUGGAGGACUGGGAAAAGGCCUCUCGUCCCCUCCUGCCAGCCUGUACGACAGGUACAGCUCUCCCACAGCCAACCCCACGCGGCGGCGCCUGUUCGCGGACGGGGAGAACGUGGCCGAGGCGGGCCCCCCCCCCCCCCCCCCCCCCCCCCCCCCCCCCCCCCCCCCCCCCCCCCCCCCCCCCCCCCCCCCCCCCCCCCCCCCCCCCCCCCUGCCCGGCCAGACCCUGGUGACGGUGGCCACGGCCACCGUGACAGCCAACAACGGGCAGACGGUGACAAUACCCGUGCAAGGUAUUGCCAAUGAAAAUGGAGGAAUAACUUUCUUCCCAGUCCAGGUAAAUGUAGGUACCCAGCCCCAGGCUGUGUCUGCGCCCAUGCAGCCUCUGAGUGCCCAGACUCUGGCUGGCACCCUGAGCCCUCAGAUGGCUGGGGCAGCACUGCAGUUGCCAGGCCAGUUAGCAGUGCAGCAGAUCUCCCCUGGGGAGCAGAGACAGACCCAGCACCUCCCUGCCACGGCCGCCAGGCCUCGCAAGAUGGGCUCCCUUGCACUCUUCUUCAGAAAGGUGUAUCACUUGGCCAGUGUUCGUCUGAGGGACCUGUGUGCCAAACUCGAUGUGUCUGAUGAGCUGCGCAAAAAGAUCUGGACAUGCUUUGAGUAUUCCUUGGUGCACUGCCCUGAAAUCAUGAUGGACAGACACCUGGAUCAGCUGCUGAUGUGUGCAAUCUAUGUCAUGACUAAGGUUACUAAUGAAGACAGAUCAUUCCAGAACAUCAUGCGCUGCUACCGGACACAGCCACAAGCCAAGAGUCACGUCUAUCGCAGUGUCCUCAUCAAGGGCCACCGCCGCCGCCACUCGGGCAGCAGUGACAGCAGCAGCCAGCAGAACUCCCCCACAGACAGGAGCAAAGACAGGAACAAAGAAAGAAGCAGCCGUGACUCCAGCCCAGUGAUGCGCUCCAGCAGCACACUGCCCGUGCCCCAGCCUUCCAGCGCGCCCCCAACCCCCACCCGCCUCAGCGGCCCCAACAGCGACACCGAGGAGGAGGAGCGUGGGGACCUCAUCCAGUUCUACAACAACGUCUACAUCGAGCAGAUCAAGGACUUUGCCCUCAAGUACACUUCAAAUGCUACCGACUCUCCCCCGCUGUCACCAUACCCCUUCGUGCGCCUUGGCUCCCCCCGCAGGGUACAGCUCUCCCAGCACCACCCCCUGUACAUCUCGCCACACAGAAACGAGGCUGCCCUUUCUCCCCAAGAGAAAAUAUUCUACUACUUCAGCAGCAGCCCCUCAAAGAGGCUAAAGGAAAUCAACAGCAUGGUUCGAACUGGAGAGACACCCACAAAGAAGAGAGGCAUCCUGCUGGAAGAGGGCACUGAAGCCCCAGCCAAGCGAAUGUGCCAGGAGAACCACACGGCUCUGCUACGGCGACUGCAGGACGUCGCAAAUGACCGAGGGUCUCACUGAGCCUGCACAGCUCCUCCCUCCCUGACUGCACUGAGCUGGGCCAGGGCACGAGGGGACACAGUGCUGGGGACAGGGAGGAGCCACCCCACACCCCUGGCACACCCCCAGGCCCUGCUUAAGUUCUUCACAAGGCAAGUUACUCCUCUGCAGCUGUACCUGGAGAACACAGCCCCUUGGAGGGACCUUGCAGCAGGUAUUUACAGCUUUGCUUUGCUCUAGUCAGUGCUUCACCCUUGCCAGCUGUGGCCAGACAGGUCCAGGUGCCUCAGCAGAGAGCUCUGCACCAAGGUACCCACAAUGUCAGGGUUCCUCACUAACCCCCUCACAAACUAACAGUUUAGAAGUAACAGUCUCCACAAUCCAGUUCCUGCAGAGGGACAAGGGGAGUGUUUUGGGCCCUGAAGGAAGCUGGAUGGAUCGACGCUGUCCAGAUUCAGGAUGUUCCACAUGCCCCUGCGAAGUAUCAUCAUGUUGAGCUUUAAUGUGUGGCCCUUUGCUGUACCAAGGGAGGUGACUGUGUUGAUUGGUUUGAGCUGUGCAAUGUUUUAAAGUGAACUCGUGGUCCCAAGGUAACUCUUGGGAGUGGGCUGUGAAGCAUCAUGUUUAAGGCAGACAAAUAUUGCUGUAUAUUUGCAAUGGCACUUUUUAAAUGUGAAUAUUUUUUGCAAAGGCUGACUUCAGCUGUCUUUCUGUACUGAAACAAUAUGACUUUUGUAUUUAUUUUAAUCUGACAUCCCAUUGCUCCUCUUCAGCAAAUGGCAUUAAGAAUUCAUUGUAACUCCAUGUACAGGCAGCAAUGAAGGCAGGAAGCCAGGGAUGUGUGUUUUUUUCAAGGAAUUUUAUAUGCUUGUUGCUUUUCUUGAUAGUCAGGACUCUAGCCCUUGCUCACUCAGCAGCAGGCAGGUGGUGCCCAUCUCCUAAAACCUGUACUUAGGUAUUUUGUUUGUGUUUAAAGGACAGGGCUUGGGAGUUUGGUUUUGUGUUUUGGUUUUUGUAAAAAGGCCUAAAGCAGGCUGCCUGGGUGAAAGCCCUCCCCUAAUACCAGGAUCAGCACAGUACACUUAUCACUUGUUUUCAUUUAAAAUAGGUCCAAACUACCAGACUUGUUAGGAAAGCAUCAACCCUCUCCCACAGUACAAGAUGCCAGUCCUCUGUGGGGAGGAGGUGUUCAUGUAACAUGUGGCACACACAGCUUCCAAAAGGCUCAGGAAGCAAAAGCUAAAAGCCCUGUUUUCAGUCAUUCCUGCCCUUCUGAAUAAUAGGAAAAUUUAAGACUGAAUUCCACUACGGGUUCAACUGAAGUAAAAUAAAGCCAUGUUUUUUCAUACCUGCAUAACAAAAAGCUGAAGUCCAGAAGUUGUGUAGAUGUUUCUGUAAAAAUAUUUAUGGAGGUGUCAGACAAUUCUUGUUGUUACUAUGGUUCCAUUUACUUCACUUUGUAUGAAAAUAUUGCAAUUGUAUUUUUCAAUAAAGACUUUAUAAA